AUGUUCGAUGAGCGUCUUCCUGGCCAUGUUCUUUCCAUGCUCAAUGACACCAGUCUCAGCGAGGAUCCCUGGUUGGACGGAUGGCCGGAACCCAUUUGGCGCACAGCUCAGCGCUACGGAAUUCUUACAGGCUCUAUGUUGUGGCCAAUCACUGAUAGACCUGUGGAUGGCGAUGUGCCGUUUCAGCGUAUGUCAAGAUUCAAGUACAACGCACCAGGCGAGCUGCAUUACCCCAACAAAAGGAGGGUGGAUGAUGUGAUUGCUUGGCUCACUAGUAAUCACUAUAAAUUGGGCCUGGUGCUUGUCUACUUUAGUGAUGUUGACGUGAAGGGGCACCUCUUUGGACCGCAUAGUGUCCAGGUGAGCGUUCCAGAUGUGCAUAAGAGCGAUAGCCAAUGUCACUAUUCCAGCUGUCCUCGGUACUCCAAUCAACAUCCCUACAUAACAGUUUGGCCUAACUUCCAAUAAUUGACUGAAUUUCACAUAAGAGGGCUGCCGAUCCUAGAGUUUACUGCUCGUUGUGCAGCACAUUCGUAGGCAUAUUAGAUAAAUGAGCCCAUGUUUGGACAAUAACGGUUUUGUCGCUUUUACGAAUUGCGACAGAGUGCUAAAAUGUACAAUCGUGGAGGGGCGCUCACCGACCGUUCUUAGGGAACUCAAUCGAUCCGUUUUACCUUACAGACUCUCUCGAGCUCAACCAGCAGCCGCACAGCGGCGCAUGUUAUAGGCAGAAUGUUAUUACUGACAAAGACAAGGGAGACUGGAAUGACCAUUUCUGGCUUAUUAGCCGUCGUCAGCCAGUCACACCCAACUCCGAAGUGUGGAGCACCUGGGGCUCGAACUCACGAGCUGUUAGUUAGAAGUCCACGCCUCUAACUAUUGGGCCUCGAGCUCGUUGCCCUGUCGGUUUCGAUCGGGAAUAAGGGAUGGUGGAGGGCCUCGAGAGAGAGAGAGCCCGUAAAACACAACGGAGCGAGUGAGGUCCGUAAGAACGAUCGGUGAGCGCCCCCCACCAUUGUAUAUCGUCGGUCGAAACCGACAGGACGACGAGCACAUGGCUCAGUGGUUAGAGGCGUUGGACUUCUAACUAACAGGUCGUGAGUUCGAGCCCCAGGAGUUCCACACUUCGGGGUUGGGUAUGACUGGCUGACGACGGGUAAUAAGCCAGAAAUAGCCAUUCCAGUCUCCCUUGUCUUUGCCGGUAAUAACAUUCUGGCUAAUAUGUACACCGCCAAAAAUUCCGAGAGCAAAAUACGGCUGCUGGGCUUGAUACCUCCACUGCAACUGUUUUUUGGUUUGUACUCCAUGGGACUAAAAUAACCCUAUGCUAUUCGUUUUUAGUUUUGGUGAUCUCUAACAGCAAAAAAUAAUAUGCCGUGGAAUAAGUGAUUAAUUUGGCUGAUUAUCUACAACUCAUUCCUCAUCGGGUUCCAUUGUCUCCCAACUUCACGAUCUCUCAAAAACAGGGCUUUAACUAGAGCCGAUAUUUGUUUUCAGACAGCUGAAACGAUCAUUCAGAUGGACGGCAUACUGGGGUACUUUCUAGACAAGCUUGAACAGUAUGACCUCCGCUGGCGUACCAAUGUAAUUCUCACAUCUGACCACGGAAUGACCGAAGUUUCGAGAGAACGAAUAAUUGUGCUCGAAGAUCUUGUCAACUCGAGUUGGUACACCUUUCCACAGCUAACACCGAUCGGUCUUAUUUAUCCUAUCCCCGGUAUGACGGAACAUGACGCAACAUGACAACUACCACGUUCGUACAGUUGAAUGUUGUGGUUCCCCAUUUAAUCGUUCCUUUUGAAUGGCCAAGUUCCAGCUGUUUGACCGGAGAUUUUGCAGUUCACUAUGUAAACGCCCGCGAUAGUUGUUUUUCCUUUGUUCUUAUUGUUGACAUAUGCCAAACUGCGAGUCCCUCUUUUGUGAGUUUUUAGUUAAAGCGCCAGCCUGUGCUGAGCCGCCUCGGCAGGGUAUUUUUGUCAAAUGUACGUUCUACUGAAAUAUUCAGAGUAACAGACGUUGAUAUCAACUUAAUUUCCAGUUGGCCAUUGCGCACUUCUUUGUGAAGUACCACAUAAUGCAACAGAAUCUGUGAAGGUAUGGCCUCUAACAACCAGUCGUUGAAUGUGCUUUGCCUCGACGCGAAGCUUUUCGACCGGCCGAUUUUUCCAAGGGAUUGUCAAAAGACAAGUUAAUAGGUGUUUUAGCAGAUUUUGAAUAAUUCAUUUUGACCCAACUGUGAAAAACUCGCCUCCUCCGUGGGAUUCGAACCCACGACAGCAAGGGGAGGCUUUAGUACAACCAACGCUCUAGCUACCUGAGCUACGAGGCCCCACCGUGAGACGUGAGUUUGAUCACAUUUGAGUCAAGUUACCCGCCCAACCUACUGCCAAAACAUCUGUUAAUUAUGUGAGCCUUGUAGUCAUCUGGUGGAUUUUAAACGGAGUAGUUAGGAAAUCCUGCUUGGACAGUCAGCUUACUGUAUCAGACCUGAUGGAUUCCAGACGUUGCAAUGGGUUGGGCGGGUAACUUGACCAGACUGUGAUUAAAUUAACGUCCCCCCAGUGGAGCCUCUCAACUCAGGUGGUUAGAACUUUGGCUGAACUAGAGCCCCUCUCGCUAUCGUGGGUUAGAAUCGCACUGAGAUGCCGAGUUUCUCACAGUUGGGUCAAGAUGAAAAUACGAGUUGCCAGACCGUCAUGGCGGCACAAUUUCGCUCAAUGACGACUUUUCAGCAAUAAGGUUUAUUAAUUGCACCAUUUCGUUCUUCCAUCGACCUCAACGCUCCUUACGCGUGACACUUAGACUCAGAUAUCUUGAUAGUGUCCGUUGCUAAAAUAAUGGAUUAUGCUGAUAGACAUUUUCUUUUGAUACUAUCGACUUUUGCUUCAUUUUUUUUCCCAGUUUCCCUCGAAUUUUCACACCAAUAGUUAAAAUUAUGGAUAAGCUUGUCAUAAAUUAUCUUAUCUUUGAAGGCCGACAUGAUGACGUCUACAGGAAAUUGA